UUUGGGGGUUCCUGCACUCCCUGGCCAGGCUUUAGCGACACCAGUUCGUCCUCUCCGCUGCCGUUCUCGACCCCGCGAGGAAGAGAAGAUGUUACGAGCUGGUUUUUCGGUGUUUCUGGUGACCCUGCUCAGCAUACAAGCUCAGGGCCAGCAACGGAGCAACCUUGCAGAGGUGUUGACAGCGAGAGGCUUCACGCAGCUCGUCGACUUGGUGGUCACUGCCGGGCUUGCGGAUACGGUCUCAAAUGGAGGUCCCUUCACCAUCUUCGCCCCGACCAACAAGGCAUUUGAAGCACUCGACCCCCAGCUGGUCAACUCCCUCUUGGCUGACACGGAGAUGCUGAAGAACGUGUUGCUGUACCACGUGGUGUCGGGGAGGGUCGUGUCUUCGAGUCUCAGAGACGGCAUGGUGGCCGACUCUGUUCAAGGAGGACCUCUGAGGAUUAACGUGAAUAGGAAUGGCGUCAAGGUCAACGACGUCGCCGUGACCCAGGCUGACAUCAUGGCGAGAAACGGGGUCAUCCACGUCAUCGACCAGGUCCUGAUGCCUCCUGAAGACGUCGGAAACCUCGCCGAAGUCCUGACGUCUCAAGGAUUCAGUCAGCUCGUCGACUUAGUGGUGACUGCCGGGCUGGCGGACACGGUCUCCAAUGGCGGUCCCUUCACCGUCUUCGCCCCGACCAACGAGGCCUUCCAAGCCCUCGACCCUGAGCUCGUGAAGGCCCUGCUCGCCGACCCCGAGAGGCUGAAGGACGUCCUGCUGUACCACGUGGUCCCCGGCGCCGUCCUCUCGUCCGACCUGAGCGACGGCCUCGUGGCCACCACGGCGCAGGGCGGGGACCUUAGGGUCAAUGUGAACGGCAAUAGGGUGACUGUCAACGACGUGGCCGUGACCCAGGCUGACAUCCCAGCGAGCAACGGGGUCAUCCACGUGGUUGACCAGGUGUUGCUCCCCGCUGAAAACAACGCGGGGAAUUUGGCUGAAGUUCUGACUGCUGAAGGAUUCAGUCAGCUCGUCGACCUGGUUGUGACUGCCGGCCUGGCGGACACGGUUUCCACGGGAGGUCCCUUCACCGUCUUCGCCCCGACCAACGAGGCCUUCCAAGCCCUCGACCCUGAGCUCGUGAAGGCCCUGCUCGCCGACCCCGAGAGGCUGAAGGACGUCCUGCUGUACCACGUGGUCCCCGGCGCCGUCCUCUCGUCCGACCUGAGCGACGGCCUCGUGGCUACCACGGCGCAGGGCGGGGACCUUAGGGUCAAUGUGAACGGCAAUGCGGUAACUAUCAACGACGUGGACGUAACGAGAGCAGACAUCCCGGCCAGCAACGGAGUCAUCCACGUCCUGAACCAAGUCCUUCUGCCUCCUGAAAAUCUGGGCAACUUGGCUGAGGUCCUUACCGGCGAAGGAUUCAGUCAGCUGGUCGAUCUCGUCGUGGCUGCUGGGUUGGCUGAUACCGUUUCUAAUGGAGGUCCCUUCACCAUCUUCGCCCCGACAAACGAAGCUUUCCAAGCCUUAGACGCUGACCUGGUGACCUCCCUGGUGUCUGACCCCGAGAGGCUGAAGAAGGUCCUGCUGUACCACGUCGUCUCCGGCAGCGUCCUCUCCUCCGACCUCAGUGGCAGUGCCAUGGUUCCGUCUGUCCAAGGGGCGCCUCUUAAGGUCAGCCUUGAGGAGAACAGCGACAAGACGACGGUGACCGUGAACGGAGCCCCUGUGACGCGAGCCGACGUCCCCGCGAGCAACGGCGUCGUUCACGUGAUCGACCAGGUCCUUCUCCCGCCCGAGGAGAUGGGGAACCUUGCCGAGGUCCUCUCUGCUCAAGGCUUCACCCAGCUCGUUGACCUGGUCGUCGCUGCGGGAUUGGCUGAUACGGUUUCCAAUGGAGGACCCUUCACCAUCUUCGCCCCCACCAACAAGGCCUUCCAAGCCGUCGACAAAGCCACCCUGGACACCCUCUUAGCCAACCCAGACAUGCUGAAGAGUGUCUUGCUCUACCACGUCGUCCCCAGCGCCGUGUACUCCCCUCAGCUGAGUGAUGAUCAGUUGGUCAACACCGUCGAGGGGAAACCUCUGAGGGUCAACACUUACUUCAGUAAUAAUAUGGAUUCUGUCACCGUGAACGGCGUGAACGUCUCAAGAACAGACAUCGUAGCCAAGAACGGGGUGAUUCACGUGGUAGACAAUGUUAUCAUGGCUCCAGCAGGCAAUAUCGUCGAAGUUCUGGCCGCCGAUCCCAGAUUUUCGACUCUAGUGGCUGCCGUCAAAGCUGCUGGCUUGGUGGACACGCUGAGCUCAGAAGGCCCCUUCACAGUCCUCGCUCCCACUAACGACGCCUUUGCCAAGCUUCCCGAAGGCACAGUCGACCAGCUCCUGCAGGAUACGGCCUCCCUGAAGAAGAUUCUCCUGCGUCACGUGAUUCCUUCCUCGACGCUGUACUCAGGGGCUCUCUGCUGGAGGACCUAUAACACGGCCAGCGAAGAACAGAUUACCACCCAUCGUGACGUACUCCACCAUGUCAUGGUUACCAGCGGCGACAAGCGAGCCACUGUCGUCAUGCCUGACAUCAAUGCCUCCAACGGUGUCAUCCACGCCAUUGACACUGUCAUAUAAGCAUACCGAAGAUUCUCAGCUAUAAUGUUGUUCCAGUUAGAGAGGGCAUUUAUUAUGUGUUAUAUUUAUACUGCAUGUGAUACUCUGUGACGUCUUUGUAUGUCCCUUGAAAAUAUAACAUGUUUAUAUUGUAUGUGAUAAUAUCUUGUGGCAUUUGUGUUGAAUUAAAGCUUAAAAAAUGAA